AUGCCAAGACCGAACCGUACUUCACUGAACAUCCCCGGGGCAGUGAUGAACGCUGUCCUCCGUUCUGGCAAGCUCAACGUUUGCCACGGGAACGCCCAAAGUUUGUGUGCCAGAAAGUUUGCAAAACUCGACGAACUGAAAGAUCUCCUGCACAGCUCAAAGAUUUCGGUGGCUUGUUUUACUGAGUCGUGGCUUUCCCCUAAAACCAGUGACCGAAGAUUAGCUAUUCCCGGAUUUUCUCUCAUCCGUAACGACAGGAAGUUUCAACGUGGGGGAGGCAUAGUGGUCUACUGUAAGCACCACAUCGGUCGUACCGAAGUUUUCCGCACCGAACUGACAGCAGAAUCGGCGGACAAAACAGAGUGCGUUGCGGUUGAGUUGCGUGUUGAUGGUGAGAAGAUUCUGCUCGUGGUGGUCUACAAUCCCCCCAGGAACGAUUGCUCGGAGUUUCUGGCUGCGAAGCUGUCGGAGUUUGGUACUCGGUAUGAAAACGUUCUUUUAGUUGGUGACCUUAACACAGAUUUGGCAGUACCAAGCACCCUACGAGACCGUUUCUCCGAAGUCCUGCAAACCCACGCUCUGUUUUCGGUUGGUGUGGAACCAACUUUCUAUCACAACCGAGGCUGCUCGCUAUUGGACCUCUUCAUAACGAGCUGUGCCGAGAAAGUUUUGUGCUUUAACCAAGUUGGCUUUCCUGCAAUGUCGCAACACGAUCUCAUCUUCGGGUCCCUCGAUUUCGACGAUAACCCGGCACCGAUGAUCACUACGUACCGGGACUACGUCAAUUUUGAUGCAGCAACUGUCGAGAACGCGAUUCUUGCCAUCCCAUGGAGUGACUUCUUUGCAAGCAACGAACCGGAUCUACUGGUCAACUUCUUCAACGAACAGGUGAAGCAGGUGCACGAUGCGUGUAUACCGCUCCGGACAAAGAGAGGCAGUAAAGUAUCAAACGCUUGGUUUACAAAUGAGGUUCGGACAUCGAUGUUGGAGCGUGACUUAGCUUAUGGCGACUGGAGGAGAGCGCCGAGAGCCUUCAAGGACGAAGCACGCCGCCGUUACAACACGCUGAGGAACAGAACAAACGCGAUAGUAUCGGCUGCAAAAGCGCAAUUCCUUAAUCGACACCUGGACAACCGUACACCGUCGAAAAUCCUAUGGAAUCGCCUCAAAAGCAUAGGGGUGGGGAAGGAGCGCACAUCACCCACGUGUGACUUUCACCCGGACGCUGUAAACCAAACCUUCCUGUCAAGCUACAUCGCUGGUGAACCCGUGCGCAGGAGAACAGGACCUGAUAAUCCGUACAGUUUUGCUUUCCGACCUGUGCAGCAAUGGGAAGUGGUGAAUGCUGUGUGGGAUAUUAGUUCUAACGCUACUGGGCUUGACGGACUGCCGAUUGCCUUCGUCAAGAUCAUCCUGCCACUGACCAUACAGCAAGUCACACACAUCUUCAACAGCAUCAUCGAGACUUCUACGUUCCCAGUAUGCUGGAAGCAUGCAAAAAUCUUGCCAUUACGGAAAAAGCCUCAUCUGAACGCGUUGACCAACCUCAGACCGAUUAGCAUCCUGUGCGCACUGUCGAAGGCUUUCGAAAAGCUGAUGGAACGUCAGAUGUCAACGUUCAUCGCUGAAAACAACCUCCUUACGGAUCAUCAAGCCGGAUUUCGGAAAGGUCAAAGCAUACAAACUGCUGCUGUACGGGUCUACGACGAAUUAGCGAAGACGGUGGACAACAGAGGGUCUGCUGUUCUGCUGCUACUCGACUUUUCAAAAGCGUUUGACACGAUUCCACAUCGCAAGCUGUGUGCCAAACUGGAAGUACAGUUCAACUUCUCUGUUUCUGCGGUCAACCUGGUCAAAUCGUACUUGGAAAACCGAACACAGACUGUUUUCUGCGGUGAUCAACAGUCUGAAACUGGAGUAGCCACUUCUGGAGUUCCACAAGGAUCAGUGUGGGGCCCGCUGUUGUUUUGUUGCCACGUCAAUGAUCUGCCGACGGCCCUCAAGUUCUGUUCAAUCCAGAUGUAUGCAGAUGACGUUCAGCUGUACAUUGGUCGUCCUGGGCCCUGCUCCCGUGAAAUCAUACGCAUGAUGAACGAAGAUCUCGCAAGCAUAGUGGAAUGGUCGCGUCGAAACCAACUGUAUGUCAAUCAAGCAAAAAGCAACGCGCUGUUCGUGACUGGUCGCCGUAGAGCAGCUGUUCAAGCCAACAUGCUGCCACCUGUGGUAAUGGAUGGGCAGGUAAUCAAGUGGACUGAAAGUGCGAGGAAUCUCGGCUUCAUCUUUCGGGCUGAUCUGCAGUGGGACGACCUGAUUAAGCAGCAGUGCGGAAAAAUUUAUGCUAGUCUCCGCACGCUCUACAGUUGUGCUGCUGGUGCCCCGGUUGGGACUCGCCUAAAACUGUUUAAAUCGCUGAUCCUCCCCCAUUUUCUGUUUGGCGAAAUCCUACACGUCAAUCCGAGUGCAAGUGCCAUGGACAGACUACGGAUAUCGCUGAACUGCUGUGUCCGGUUUGUAUACGGAUUAAACCGUUACGACCACGUAAGUCAUCUGCAAGCAAAUCUCCUGGGAUGCCCGCUGGACCACCUCUACGCCCAUCGCUCCUGCAUCUUCCUACACAAGCUGAUCAACACGCACUCUCCACCUGCACUGUUCCAGAAGCUGAUACCGUUCCGGGGUCGUCGUUUGGCAAACUUGAUUAUCCCGCGCAACAACACAGCAACCUACGCUAGUUCACUGUUUGUACGAGGCGUGGUAAACUGGAACAUGCUGCCAACGGAGGUUAAGCGAUCGAGAACGGAAGCAGCUAAUGGUGUCCGCGAUCUCUUUGAGGUAUGUUCCUUCAACCUGACCGCGGAUCGAAUCGGCUCUGCGAAGCGAUCGUCCCUCUUCUACACGUCAAGUCUUGCAUCGAUCUUGCUUUGCGAUGCAUCGUCGCUGAUCGACGAGGAUCAUCACCACCACCACAAGAACCCAAAACGGAAGGAAGAAGCAACCAAAACUCACUUUGAACUUGAACUUGCAGGCGAACUUGCAGGCAGCGAUCUUCCGCCGAUCUUCACGCGAUCUUGCGCAACACUUCUUCGGAUGCCGAUGUCACUUGAGCAGGUCUCUACACCCAACGUACCCAACGUUCGAUCUUCGCGAUCGCGAUCUUCCGCACACUCGGAUCUUCUUCGCAAUCAACGGGGAAGCAACGGGAUCAAGCAGGUCGACGACGCUGCGCACACUUCUUCUCUUUCCGAUUCACAGCUCAAGCACAACAGCUCCAGCAACUGCAGCGGCAGAGAACACCAGAUCACGCCAGAUCUUCAGGAGAAAGAUCCCGGGAAGGAGACCUUGACACUGAAGACGUUAGACGUAUACUGA